GAUUAUUAUUGUUUUUAUCAAACACAUAUUUUUUUAUUAGGAAUUUUUUUUUGUAAUUAAUAUGGAGUAAUUAUCUGGCUUCAUUGAAGAACGAACCCUAAUCAGGUGGAUCUACUCCGAUUUAAGAUUUUUGAGCGACGAAGAUGGCAACUUCUAGAAGCGCAUCAGCGGCGGUUCGGCUGAGCAGAUCGGCUGCAUCAGCUUUCCGGGCGUCCGGCGCCGGCCACACUCCAUCCGCCGCCCGCCAAUUGAUCCGCUCCGAUCUCGCCGCUCCUAUCGCGCGACCCCGUGCCCUAAUGUCCCCCGGUGGCAGCAACAUCUCUUCUUCAACUCUCUUCUCUGCGUCGUGCCUCAACCGCGUAGCAUCCCGCCCCUACUCUAACUCUUCUUCGCAGAUCCCAGGAACCAGAGCUAUCCGGUCCGUACUCUGGCAUAUAAAUGGAGGGAUGGAAGAGGUUCUGGCAGAUUACGUUCACCAUGAAAUGACUCGAACUUGGAUCUCAAUCUGUUUGAGACUGUUCGUUAUAAUCAUGACCAAGGAUGUUGUCGUGGCUGUCGCAGAUCUCUAAAGAUCAAGAUGGCUACAUAUGUGCUCAUUUGGAACUUAACUCUGAGGCUGCAAGGAAUGAAUAAACCGAACCGAUCCUCGCAGAUGAUUGAUCUUGUUUCAAAAUGUAUGAAUUCUGCUUUAGAUUGUUACUGAGAUGCAGAUUAGCUUCUGCUAGGAAAUAAAAUUGAUCUUGCAACGCAUGUAUGAAGUUAUAGUGUGUUUUGCUGCUUUUGGCUUACAAUGUCUUGCAAUUCUGUGAGUUGGUUGAAAAUGUUACUUAAGCAGUGUUGGAUUGAUUUUUGUCUACUUUACAA